AUGGAUCCAUCGACAGGCCCCGAGGAGAGAAAAGCCUCGCGUACCAGUGUCGACUCUGUGAAGGAAAAACAGCCUGUAGUCGACGCCGAGGCCCAACUCGAGAAAGAACUCGUGCAUGACGAGGUAGAGGUUGAGAAAGCGCGCUCAAAGAACCAUUUAUUGUAUCUGCGGCUACGCGUCGCUAUUCUCUUGGGUCUUGCUGGUGCGAUUCUGGGGUGGUGGAUAACGUCCACCAUCCUGCCUGCCACCCGCCAUAGAUGGGUCGUCCAGACGUUCUGGGCGUGGUUCUUCCUCGUUGUUAUCGCAUUUCGAUUCAUACCGAACAGCGUCGUCACACGACCUGUCGGCGCAAUAUGGAUCCCCUUCGUCCAGGAUCCGUGGUUCAAGUUGCCCAGAUGGCUGAGACUGACCAUGGGCUGGCUGGCUCUCCUGGGCAUUGUCUUUGGCUCUGCGUUUGGCUUCCCGCUCAUCGGUAACACCAAGUACGGCGACCGCGCAAUCUCGGUGCUCGGUCUCGUAGUCUUCCAGUUCUGUUUCUGGGCGACCUCGACGAACCGCUCGGCCAUCCCGUGGCCAACCGUCAUUGUCGGCCUGUUCAUGCAGCAGGUCAUUGCAAUGUUCGUGCUCAAGACGGAUGCGGGCUUCUCUAUCUUCAAAUGGAUUGCGACAUUGGCUUCAGAUUUCCUCUCUCAGGCCAGGCAGGGUGCGACGUUCUUCUUUGACGCAGAGACCGUCGCGAAGGGUUGGUUCUUCGUCAACACGCUGUCCUCUGUCAUCUUCUUCAUCGCAUUCAUCCAGAUGAUGUACUAUCUCGGUGUCAUGGAGUGGCUCAUCAAGGGCUUCGCGUGGAUUUUCUUCAAGUUGAUGAAUGUCUCUGGUGCAGAAGCUGUCGUCGCCGCUGCAUCGCCGUUCAUCGGCCAGGGAGAAUCCGCGUGUCUUGUCAAGCCCUACGUCGACCUCAUGACCGAAUCCGAGCUGCACCUCACCAUGACCGCCGGCUUCUCUACAAUCUCUGGCUCCGUAGUUGCCGCGUAUAUCAACCUCGGCGUGCCCGCGCAGAACCUCAUCACCGCUUCCGUGAUGAGCAUCCCCGCUUCGAUCGCGAUCAGCAAAAUGCGCAUUCCGGAGACGGACGAGCCCGUCACGCGUGGCCGUAUAACGGUCGACCGCGGUGACGACAAGAAUCGGCCGACGAACGCGUUGCACGCCUUCAGUCAGGGCGCGCUCUUCGGGCUCAUCGUCGCAGGGCAGAUUCUCACGAACGUGCUGACAGUCGUGUCGCUCGUGGCGAUGAUCAAUGGGCUGUUGACGUGGAUCGGCAAGGGCUUCGGACUGCACCAGCUCACGCUGCAGCUCAUCCUCCGCUAUGUGCUCUACCCUGUUACGUUCUUCAUGGGCGUGCCCCGCAACGAGAUUCUCCGCGUCUCGGAGCUCCUCGCGACGAAGCUCAUAGAGAACGAGUUCGUCGGGUAUAGCGACCUCACGACGAUCAUGAAGAGCCAUAACCCGCUCUCGCAGCGCGCCUUCACGAUCGCGUCCUACGCACUCUGCGGGUUCGCGAACCUCGGCUCGCUGGGCAUCCAGAUCGGCGUGCUCAGCGCGCUCGCGCCGUCGCGCGCCAAGAUCAUCUCGCGCAUUGCGUUGUCUGCCAUGUUCUGCGGGUUCAUCUCCACGAUGCAGGCCGCGGGCAUUGCGGGCAUGCUGGUGUAG